UCUGUAAUGGCUGCGCCCGGGGAACUUGUAUUUUUACCUGAAGUCAGUCGCAGACCAUGCAGUUAUCAGUACCUGCUGGGGUGAAUGUCAUUUCCCUGCUCUGGGUGCUCCUAGAUGCCGCUUUCCUAACCGCUUUUCUGCUGUACUUGUUUUUAGACAGCAGCCGCCAAUCAUUUCUUUAUAGCUUGUUUCAAGAUGUUAUACGCUAUGGGAAGACAAAAGUGGGCCUGCAACGUCCUGUUUGGCUGCAUUAUUUUGAUGUCCCCAAGAGAUGGUUUUCACAUUUCUAUUAUGUGUCUGUGAUCUGGAAUGGUUCUUUACUUUGGUUCUUCCUUCGAGCAUUGUUGCUAGGUCAUCCUGUUCCUGAUUGGUUAAGAUUACUGCUUUAUUAUCUUAAUGUGCAUCCUAAAGAACAUAUCCUGGGGGGAGAGCUUUCAGUAGUCUUAGCCCUUACCCUUGUGUGGCUUCUCAGUGUAAGACGGUUGAUGGAAUGUGUCUUUGUUAGCGUCUUUUCAGAUGGCGUCAUGCACCUUGUGCAGUAUUGCUUCGGCCUGGGAUAUUACCUGCUGAUUGGAGUAACUAUAAUCAGCCAGUGUUCGUUGAGUAAUACGGUACCAGCUGAAGAUCUCCUAAUGCAGGCAGACUGGUACCACGUUCUUGGAGUAAUGCUGUACAUUUGGGCUUCUGCUCUUCAACACAGGUGUCAUGUGAUGCUUGCUAACCUAAGAAAAAGCAAAAUGGGUACAGUUAUAACCAUGAACUAUGCAGUACCUAGUGGAGACUGGUUUGACAAAGUAUCCUGCCCGCAUUAUUUUGCAGAACUUCUGAUCUAUAUAUCUAUAGCAAUAGUACUUGGAAUAUGGAGCACUACAUGGUGGCUAGUGGUGAUCUAUGUUUUAUUUAGCCAGGCAUUGGCAGCAGCUUUGUGUCAUGAGUUUUAUCAUGAAAAGUUUGACUCUUACCCUGUACAGAGAAAAGCAUUUAUACCAUUUGUAUUUUAAUUAAAAAUAUUUAUAAUCUC